AUGUCGAAGAACAAGUUCGUCGUUCGAGGCCUCACCUGGUAUCCUCCGAGACCAACAAAGGACCCCUCGACCGGCGACACGAGCCGGAGUAGCUGCUCAAUCGAGCACUUAUCGAACGAGGUCCUACUCAUAAUAUUUGCGUAUUGCGGCCCCUUCACCGUGGCACAGUGUACUAGGGUCAACCGGCGCUGGAAUCGACUAGGAAAUGCACGGCUGGACACGAACUCGAUAUACCUCUCUAGUGAUGAGGGGAUUUAUGCUACGCUGUUCACCACGAAGACAUGCAAUCAGCUGCUCCGCAGGAUUUCCCCGGUCGUGCGCUGUUUUGAUGUUGCAUCCCUGAGUUAUAGUAUCAUCGUGAACGGGCCCUUCCCGCCAUUUAGUCGCCUCGUCGAGCUGAAGCUCGGCUUAAACUCGAUCCAAAACCAACGUACAGUCCUUCAAAUUGUCAGUUCCUGCCAAGAAACUCUUCGUUCGCUGACUCUCGACUCUACUAAACGUCUGACAAAACGUUUUGCCAAACGCCUGGCACCUUACUUGACAAAUCUGCAUUCUCUUUUUCUCACUUACAGCUUCGGGUACACAAGGAAAGAUGACGAAUUUGAGUGUACUAUCCUCCUUCUUCGAGCGCCAAAGGAACUACGCAAUCUUCGCCUGCCGUCCGAUCUCAAGUCGCUUCAUUUUCCAAUAGUUCAGGAAUUGAUCCGCCAGCACCUGAAGACGCUUGAAUAUCUUGAACUGCAAGGUAGCCAAUUCGAUCGUGAAGGUUUGUUUAGGAUCCUUGGAGAUUUGAAUGUGCAAACUAACACACUAUCGCCGUCGCCCCUCAAACUGAAAAGAUUACAUCUGUCGCUCUGCCAAAAUCCGUAUGGUGCAACAAUAUGGAACAGACUAAGAGGUAGUCUGACAAACCUCACGUAUAUAGACCUCUCAAGUUGGAAAGACGCUACUGGACUGUCGCAGUUCUUCCGGUGGACUCCGAAAAUUGAAAAGAUAUCCGCCUGGAACAUGAAAGGGAUCACCGAUGAGGUGCUGCUGUGUAUUAUGCACUCGUGCAGAUAUCUAAAAGAACUGAAUAUUUCUGACAAUACCGAGCUGACUACGUCGGUCCUCUGGCAAUUCAUUAGAUCAGCACCGGACAGUCUUAGGGUCCUGGACCUUACACGUACGAGCUGCGUCACGGACUCGGUCAUACUGGAGCUGCUCAAUCUGUCUCGAAAACGGUCAUGGGAAAUGUUCACAAAAGACCCCAAGAAUUAUGUGUGCCGGUGCAAUAUCACGUUUUAUGUGAGCGGCUGUAAAAAUCUUACUUCCGCAUCCUCUGCAUUCUUUUUCUUACAGCUCUCUGAAUUUUAUUUGGUGCGGCCGGGAGAGAUAGUCGUUGGAUCAUGGCCGCUCGCGUCUUCAGAAUGGUUCAGGAAAUUUUCAGGAUUUCUGUCGACAGAUAUUCAGGAUGCAAGUCAAUUUACGAGCGUAGUCACGCCGUGCUAUCCCCACAUGUCGUCGAGUUUAUUUCUGUUCAGAGAUCCCGACUCUGAGAGCCUCAGAAGAACGCGAUUAGAUAUACCGAUGUUGAUGAUAAAGACUUUGAUUGAAGAUAUACGUUUAAGGAAGCAUUUGGUUCGACCUGCAACAAAUAUCGAGAUGGAGUCGUUGCUUAAGCAGUACUUGGCAAACCUCACGACAUUUCAGGACGCGCGAUUUGCUAUCUGUGGUUUUGAUAGGAUUACAGAGAGAGUUUUCGGAGACCAGGUAGAAGCCGUGUUGGAUGGGCUGGGUAUCAAACUGGCGUAUGAGGGGGAGCAGGAGAACGUCGACAUUGCAGACUAA